AUGAGCUUACAUUCCGGCGACCCUCCGGGGGGUCGUCUAUGGCCGGCCUUUGCCUUUGCCUUUGUCGCAGUGCUUGUUUCAAGUAAUGUAGCUCAAGUCUUUGCUGAUCCUCCUUACAUUUAUGCUUCACCACCUCCUCCUUAUGUUUAUAAAUCACCACCACCGCCGUCACCGUCGCCGCCGCCACCUUAUGAAUACAAGUCACCACCACCACCAUCACCGUCUCCUCCACCACCUUAUGAAUACAAGUCUCCACCACCACCUUCGCCGUCACCUCCACCACCUUACCACUAUAAAUCUCCACCACCACCUUCUCCCUCACCUCCACCACCUUAUUAUUAUCACUCUCCACCUCCUCCGGUGAAAUCUCCACCACCACCAUACUAUUAUCACUCCCCACCUCCUCCGGUGAAAUCUCCACCACCACCUUACUAUUAUCACUCUCCACCUCCUCCGGUGAAGUCUCCGCCACCACCUUACUACUAUCACUCCCCUCCUCCGCCGGUGAAUCUCCGCCACCACCUUACUACUAUCACUCCCCCACCUCCUCCGGUGAAAUCUCCGCCACCACCGUACUACUAUCACUCCCCACCUCCUCCGGUGAAGUCUCCGCCACCACCUUACUAUUAUCACUCCCCACCUCCUCCGGUGAAGUCUCCGCCACCACCUUACUAUUAUCACUCCCCACCUCCUCCGGUUAAAUCUCCGCCACCACCGUACUACUAUCACUCCCCACCUCCUCCGGUGAAGUCACCACCACCACCGUACUACUAUCACUCCCCACCUCCUCCGGUGAAGUCUCCGCCACCACCCUACUACUAUCACUCCCCUCCUCCGCCGGUGAAGUCGCCACCACCACCGUACUACUAUAACUCCCCACCUCCUCCGGUGAAGUCUCCGCCACCACCUUACUACUAUCACUCCCCACCUCCUCCGGUGAAAUCUCCGCCACCACCGUACUACUAUCACUCCCCACCUCCUCCGGUGAAGUCUCCGCCACCACCUUACUAUUAUCACUCCCCACCCUCGGUGAAGUCUCCGCCACCACCUUACUAUUAUCACUCCCCACCUCCUCCGGUUAAAUCUCCGCCACCACCGUACUACUAUCACUCCCCACCUCCUCCGGUGAAGUCACCACCACCACCGUACUACUAUCACUCCCCACCUCCUCCGGUGAAGUCACCACCACCACCUUACUACUAUCACUCCCCACCUCCUCCGGUGAAAUCGCCACCACCACCGUACUACUAUAACUCCCCACCACCUCCGGUGAAGUCACCACCACCACCUUACUAUUAUCACUCCCCACCUCCUCCUGUGAAGUCCCCACCACCACCUUACUAUUAUCAUUCCCCACCUCCUCCGGUGAAAUCACCUCCACCACCAUAUUAUUACACGUCACCCCCACCACCAUAUCACCAUGAGCCAAUUCUCAAGGUUGUAGGAAGAGUCUACUGUUACAAGUGCUACAAUUGGGAGAACCCAAAGGAGUCUUACAAGAAGAAGCUCUUCGCAGGCGCCAUAGUGAAGGUGACAUGUGAGGCAGGCAACAAGAAGUAUGAAGCAUACGGUGAAACUAAAGGCCAUGGCAAAUACAUUGUCACAGUUGAAGGGUAUCCGUAUUGGGAACAUGGAGCCAAGGGAUGCAAGGUUUAUCUCCAUGCUGCGCCAAAGGGUUCCACUUGCAACAAGCCUACAAAACUCAACGAGUGUGCUCCCCUGAACGUGUAUUCUAAGUCCCAUGAGGAGGUGGUCCUAAGGGCCAAAGCCACUUGCCUUUGCACCAGAGAAACCCUAUGAGCAUUGUGAGCACCAUCACCACAACCACCACAACCACCACCACCAUCACCACCAUCAUCAGACACCCUCUCCAACACCACCCUA